AUGUCUACCGAAGUCUCUUCCACCCCUACCCCCGCCGAGAACACCUCCAACGGCACCACCCCCGACAACGCUCCUGCCGCCGAGGUCACCGCCGUUGAGGCUCCAGCUGCUGCCAACCAGGCUCAUUCCGCUUCCCUCUAUGUCGGUGAGCUGGACCCCUCUGUCACGGAGGCUAUGCUCUAUGAGCUCUUCUCCUCCAUCGGUCAGGUCGCCUCGAUCCGUGUUUGCCGUGAUGCCGUUACCAGACGCUCCCUGGGCUAUGCCUACGUCAACUACAACGACACCACCCACGGUGAGCGCGCGCUGGAGGAUCUCAACUACACUCUGAUCAAGGGCAAGCCCUGCCGUAUCAUGUGGUCUCAGCGUGACCCCGCUCUGCGCAAGACUGGCCAGGGCAACGUCUUCAUUAAGAACCUCGACAACGCCAUCGACAACAAGGCUCUGCACGACACCUUCGCCGCGUUCGGUAACAUUCUCAGCUGCAAGGUCGCCCAGGAUGAGUUUGGCAACUCCAAGGGAUACGGUUUCGUCCACUACGAGACCGCUGAGGCCGCCAACAACGCCAUCAAGCACGUCAACGGCAUGCUGCUCAACGACAAGAAGGUCUUUGUCGGCCACCACAUCUCCAAGAAGGACCGCCAGAGCAAGUUCGAGGAGAUGAAGGCCAACUUCACCAACAUCUACAUCAAGAACGUUGACCCCGACGUCGCUGAUGAUGAGUUCCGUGAACUGUUCGAGCAGUUCGGUGAGAUUACCUCCGCCACCCUCAGCCGUGAUGCCGAUGGAAAGAGCCGGGGCUUCGGUUUCGUCAACUACUCCACCCACGACAGCGCGCAGGCCGCCGUUGAGGAGAUGAACGACAAGGAGAUCCGCACACAGAAGCUCUACGUGGGCCGUGCCCAGAAGAAGCACGAGCGUGAGGAGGAGCUCCGCAAGCAGUACGAGGCCGCCCGUCUGGAGAAGGCCUCCAAGUACCAGGGUGUCAACCUCUAUGUGAAGAACCUCACUGACGACGUUGAUGACGAGAAGCUCCGCGAGCUGUUCGGUCCUUACGGUACCAUCACCUCCGCCAAGGUCAUGCGUGACACCAACGCGGAGCGUGCCCCCACUCCCGAUUCGGAGAAGGAGAAGGAGACCAACAAGGAAAAUGAACAGGUUGAGGAGAACGCUAAGGAGUCCGGUGAUGAUGAGCAGGACGGUGACAAGAAGUCUGACAAGAAGGCCCUAAGCAAGAGCAAGGGUUUCGGUUUCGUUUGCUUCAGCAGCCCUGAUGAGGCUUCCAAGGCUGUUACGGAGAUGAACCAGAGAAUGGUCAACGGCAAGCCCCUCUACGUUGCUCUGGCCCAGCGCAAGGAUGUCCGCCGCAGCCAGCUGGAGGCCAGCAUCCAGGCUCGCAACAACAUCCGACAGCAACAGGCGGCCGCUGCCGCCGGUAUGCCCCAGACCUACAUGCAGCCCGCCGUUUUCUACGGUCCCGGUCAGCAGGGCUUCAUCCCCGGUGGCCAGCGUGGCGGCAUGGCUUUCCCUCCUCAGCCCGGUAUGGUGAUGGGUCUCCCCGGUGGACGCCCCGGCCAGUACCCCGGUCCUUUCCCGGGCCAGCAGGGUGGACGUGGCAUGGGCCCUAACCAGCAGAUUCCUUCCAACUUCCAGGGUCUCCCCAUGGGCAUGCAGGGCCCCGGUGGUAUCCCCAACGGCAUGGGUUACCCUCAGGCUAUGGCGCAGGUGCAGGCCUUUGGACGCGGUGCAGGUGGCCGUGGCCAGGUUCCUGGAAUGCCCAACAUGGGCCAGGGCAUGCGCGGUCCCGGCUACGGACAGGGCCGUGGUGGUGUUCCUCCCCAGGGUCAGAUGGGCCGUCCCGGCCAGGGUGGUCGUGGACAAAACGCUGGCCAGCCUGCUGGUCGUGAAGAAGGUGCUGCGGCUACUGCUGCUGCUACCUCUACUACUGCUGCUGGUGGUCUUACUGCUCAGGCCCUUUCUUCUGCCCCUGCUCCUCAGCAGAAGCAGAUGCUUGGCGAGGCUUUGUACCCUAAGAUCCAGGCCCAGCAGCCCGAACUUGCCGGCAAGAUUACCGGUAUGCUUCUGGAAAUGGAGAACACUGAGCUUCUCGGACUCCUUGAGGACGAAGAUGCUCUCCGCGCCAAGGUUGAUGAGGCCCUGAGCGUUUAUGACGAAUACAUGAAGAACAAGGGUUCCGACGAGCCUGCUACCGAGAGCAAGCCCAAGGAGGCUGCCAAGGAGACCUCUACCGAAGAGAACAAGUCGUAG